AAAUUUACAAAUUGUGAAGUGGAUGUGGUUACUGGUUUGUAAUUUACCGGCUGCAGUAAAAAGCUACGUAACGUAACUUUGCUAGCGGAUUAUAAUUUAUAUUCGUGACCUUUGCCUCUUUUUAGUAAACAAGAAAUCCGGUCGACAUUCAAAUCAAACUUGUAUUGUAUGAAAAGUGUUUGCUGAGUUGCUGUAGUGUAGUUUAUUAAGAAGAAACGUAUUAACGUACGCACGAAUAUGGAGAUAGAAAUUUUGAGCGUAUCCGGUUCCAAACCAAUCGGGAAAAUACGAGUAAAUGAAGAUGCUACAAUCAAAAAUGUGAAAGACAAAAUUUAUCAAAAUCUAAAAAAGUCCUUAUAUCCGGAUAGACAAUCGAUAAAAUUAGAAGCUAAAGGUAGAUCACUGAAAGACGAGAGUACUCUGAAGUCUUUAAACAUUGAUGACGGUGCAAAACUGUACCUGCAAGAUCUAGGACCUCAAGUAUCUUGGAGGAAUGUGUUUUUAGCUGAAUACGCAGGACCCCUAUUUGUAUAUCUGUGGGUAUAUCAGAGACCCUGGAUAUUGUAUGGAGAUGUAACAACACCACCUGGAACAGUAGCAAGCUUGGCUGCAGCGUGUUGGUCAGUCCACUAUGGCAAGCGUCUGCUUGAAACAUUAUUUGUGCACCGAUUCUCCCAUGGCACCAUGCCUCUUAGGAAUCUGUUCAAGAACUGCUCCUACUACUGGCUGUUCACACUGUACAUUGCAUACCACGUCAACCAUCCCCUCUUCACCGAGCCAUGCUGUGCUAGUGUGUACAUUGGUUUAGCAGGCUUUGCGAUCUGUGAAUUGGGUAACUUGAGCAUCCAUAUACUGCUGAAAAACCUCCGACCCCCUGGCACCAAAGUGAGGCGCAUUCCGGUGCCUGAUGGCAACCCCUUCUCUCAGCUGUUCAACUUUGUCUCCUGCCCCAACUAUACUUACGAGUUUGGAUCCUGGCUAUUCUUCACUGUUAUGACUAAAUGUGCUCCGGCUGGAAUAUUCGCAGUGGUCGGUCUGUACCAGAUGUCGGUGUGGGCGCUCGGCAAACAUCGCAACUACAAGAAAGAGUUCCCGGACUACCCCAAAGGUCGGAAAGCUAUUCUGCCAUUCAUUCUCUAAAAUUUAUUAUUCAUUAUUUAAACAUACAUACAGAACAUUGAAUAUUUAUUAAACCAGUGGAAUAAGUAAUUAGGAAUGAAAAUGAACUUUCUGUAUGAGAAUAAUUGAAAAUGUCACAACACUAUAUUUUAUGAGUAUAUUUAUUUUUAGGGUUAUUAUAGUAUAUCCGUUAUCUGAGUUGUCCUAUCACAAUGUGCUAUCCCUAAAUCCAGUGGCGUAGCUUGCCUUAAAUGGGCUCCGUAUGAAAGUUAAUUGGGGGUCCCAAUAGACGAGUGGCAAAUCCUGAAAAUCUCUGGGUUUUCUUUCCUCCGGGAAGCACCAAAUUAAGUCAGAUUGUGGUAUAAAUUUUACUAAUUUUGGUUUCCCACUUAAGGGACCCCUGUAGGCCGGGGUUCGUAUUAUUGAUACGGCUAGCUAUAUAUAUGUAUACGGCUCGCUAUCUUAUAGUUAUAUUGAUGUAAAGAUCAUAUUCGCACGUCACUAUCUCUAUCAAUCAUUCUAUGAGUGUGAUUGAGACAAUUUUAUAAUCUGACUUAUGGUAACGGCUGUACAACAUUGUCAGGAACACUUUUUCAACACCCAAUUGCUUAUUAAUUUAUUAUGGCUAAAACUCAUGUGAUACAACGUUGGAGUAUGCCUGACUAGUUUCGAACCGAUACAGGGCACUUAGUCAUGAGCUUCUAACAGUAGAAAUCAUAGAUUUUGCAGAGACCAGGGGACCAUUCACCCGCUGAGUGUCACGAUCUCCUGGGAGCACCCCCACGUCUCUAAAUUCCACUGUAAGACCCACCAAGCUAUUGUCAGACCCCAUCUAGGAAAUACAAACUGGUCCUGCUCAAAAUUGCAGUUUCAAGGGGCGCCGAAGUCAUAAUACAAAUCCGCUCUGAUAUUGCAACUCGCCGAACCGUACACAUGUAAAACCGCUGGGAUAUGUUUUAGUACACUGCGCAGCUAUACGCCUCAUAUUCAGAGCAGACUGAAACUUUUGUAUUUUGCUGUGGCUAAUUACCACCUUCCACCACCACCACCACAAUCUCAUUGAUCGUGUCCUGGUUAUUAAUCGUAUAUCAAGGGAUGGCUACUUACUAUUAACUGUAUUAACUGUCGUGAAUUAACUAAGAAGUGAGGAAACUUCGAUCCAUUCAGAUGAUAUCAUCAAAACAACCAUUCUCAUUGGGUAUUGAUAAAGUGUUUCUGCCUAUACAAUAUAAUUAUUAUUAUUUGAUUUGACUAAAUUAGUAGUGUGGGUUAUGGUAUGUAAUAUCUAUAAGAAUAGCAGUAUAAUAUACUCAGAGGCACAAUUAGCCGCUCACUUUAAUAUACUAGCGUAAUAUUAAAGUGGGCGGAUAAUUGUGCCUUUGAGUAUAUAAUUGAACGUAUAUAAUAUUAUAUCUAUUUAAUGGUGAGGGAAUAUAUGUUUUAGUAUUUAGAAUUAUAUGUUAUUUUUGUGUUUUGUUGGGACUGAAAAUAGAUUUAAUUUAACAAUUUUUCUACACAUAUGUAAUUGCUUCGUCUUAGGUGGUCUUAGGUAGUAAUUUUAUUAUGUUAUAUUAAUUAAAUGAUAAAUUAAAGGCAUUUAAUAAAUUAUAUUUUUUUUCUACAA